GUUCUUUAAUUUUAUUACUCUUGAUAGGUUAGGAUGUACCUUUCAUUAAAAAAUCAAAAUAUAAUUGUACUCUAUAAUUGCUGGAUGAGUACUCCGUAAUUGCUGGAUGAUUAAAAUAAUUUUUUUAAAAAAAGUAAAAUCGUAGUGUACCCGGGUAUAUAUAAUUAUUUUCAACCUCUAUUAUCAUACGAAAUUUCUACUAAAAUGAUAGGAGAAGAGAAGAAUCAACAGUUGGCUUAAAAAUAAAAAAAAUAAAAACACAUCUCUAAUCCUAUUAAAAUAAAACUAAUUCUUAAGUAUUAAUGGUCGUUCUAAUGUUCUAUCAAUAGCAAUUAAGCUCUCACUAGCUCUAUUCAGUAUAGCUUUUUGGAGUUUCUUUCUGCAGCUUCUUCAGGUGCGUAAGAAUUAAUAAGGUUGUAUUCAAAUCAACUUGGCUUUUUCCUAACUUUGUGGAGGAGAUAUACGGAAUACAACUAUGAUCAAGAACAACGGGGGUGAAUUUGGCGAGUAACAUUUUUAAAACUUGUGAUCCGUUGCACGCACCAAAAAAGGGAAAAAAAGAAUGCCAGAACCAGUAGCUGCAACGAAAACACUUGCUGCUCUAGUUAACGGGUUAGUAUCUCCUUGCAUUCGAGAAGCAUAUGCUCCGUACACUUUUGAAGUACUAGAAGCGAAAUUGAAUCAGUUGAAGGAGAAGCUAAAAACAGGCAAAGAUAAGCUAGAUACAUUUGAACGACAAGUAAACGGGAUUGCAAUCCCUAAUAAUGACGCCAUAAAAUGGAAGAAAGAAGCAAAUGACACCCUCAAAGACGUAGAAGAAAAGAUUAAACGCCUAGAAAACAACAUAGAAGCCACAUGUACGAGUGGCUGCUUGCCUAACUGUUGUCGCAGGCGUGCUGCAAGAAAAUUGAUUCAAGAGGAGAUUGAGAAGAUUGAUAAGCUGAUAGAAAGACAUAAGCCUGUGGUGAAAGGAUACAAGUGGUCUCAUAGUGAUAUUGUGUUGAAGACGCGAGGUGAUGAUGUACAAAAGAUAUGGGAGUGCAUCAGCCUAAGGAAUGAUGUCAAAGUCGUCUGCAUACAUGGAAUCGCAGGUGUUGGGAAGACCGCUGUUGCACAAGCUGUUUGUAACAAGGCUAUGACCGAUGACUAUGAAACAUUUGGUUAUGUUAUAUGGGUGGAAGCUGACUACGGAAUUGAACUCAAGAGUUUCCAAGAGAAGAUCAUGAAGAGUCUUAACAUAGAGAUAAUUGCUGCUGAUGAUAAUAGAGAUAGAGCUACAAAGAUUCGUGAUGAGUUUGUUCGAAGGCAAAAGUGUUUGGUCUUUAUUGAUUUCUUAUGGGAGAAUUUCACCCUUCGAGAUAUUGGAAUUCCAGAGGAAGAAGCUGAGGCAGGAGUAGUUUGCAAGGUUAUAUUGAUUUCCAGGUCACAACUUACGUGUAAUAAGAUUGCCAAAGACGAGUAUUUUGAGAUAAAACCUCUCUCUGAUGGAUGGGAAUUUUUCGAGAAUAGUCUUGGCCGUCCCCUUCCUAAUUUAAAGGGCGAGGCAGUGGAUCUGAUGAAGAAAGCAGUAGAAAAUUGUCAGGGAUUGCCAUCAGAAAUCAUCAUGUUGGCAUAUCAUAUGAGAGGUAUACAUUGUCAAAGCUCGAGUGAGAUUUCUUCUAUACUCGCGCUCAAGGAAAUGUUGAGUAGCCGAACUAAGCCUGCAUCUUCUGCUGAUACACAGUUUAAGAGAUUGGAAUGCAGCUUCAAGAAGCUAGAAAAUACUACCUAUAAAAAUUGCUUUCUGUAUUGUGCCUUGUAUCCAAAAGGUUGUCCUAUCGACGUAGAACAGUUGAUAGACAAUUGGAUAUGGGCAGGUUUGCUAGAUGAGUAUAUUGUAUCACUGCAAGAGAAGAGAAAGAAAGGGAAGAAUAUACUGACAUUACUUAAAACUGCGCGUCUUUUAGAGAAAGCAGACUCCAAUGGCACCAGAGAGACAGUCAAGAUGCUCAGCUUACUAAACGAUAUGGCAGUGAAUUUGAUACGAGGAUCAGGGAUGCUUAUCGAUUCAGGGAAUGAUCUCACAGACUUUCCAUCAAUCGAUGAUCAGAAUGGUGAGAUUCUACGAGCCUCUUUCAUGUACAAUAAACUAGGAGUGCUUAAAAAUCAACCCAAUUGUCCGAAAUUGUCCACAUUGCUACUCCAGAAUAACCCACUUGAUCUUUUUUCAGAUGACUUUUUCACUGGAACCCCAAAUCUCAAAUUACUAGAUCUAUCUUGCACCAAUAUUUAUAACCUCCCAUCAUCAAUUUGUAACCUGAGAUUCCUUCAAGUGCUUUAUUUACGCUACUGCCUCAACUUGAGAUCCCUACCUUGCUUGUCCAACCUCGAAGAACUGAUUGUACUAGACCUUUUCGGAACACCUUUAGAAGAACUACCAUUAGGAAUGGAGAAGUUGAAAAACCUUAGGCGUCUAGACCUUUCCCACUCCAAACUGACCAAAUUCCAAGCUGGAUUAGUGAGUGAAUUAGAAAGUUUGCAAGAAUUGCUUCUCAUGAUGAAUGAUGCUGAGGCUUAUAGUUGGAAAUCGAAACAAAUGAGGUCAAACUCAGGGGAAGCCUAUGUUGAGGAGCUCGCUUAUUUAAAUGACUUGAGGAUUCUACAACUCAAUUUCUUCAACAAAGAGGUGUUUAGUGACUACAUGAAAGCUAUUCCUGGAACAAGGCCACGCCCACGUGCACCUCGUUUUAAGUUCUGUGUUGGUGGAUUCAACAUUAAUGGAAACUUAGGUGAAAACAGUAUAGCAUUCAUUGACGGCUACCCUGUUGGUCAUCAACUUCCAGAAGGAACCUUGGAGCUAUACCUGAGUGCAUGCAGGUCUGGCAGCUUAAGUCCCAGCAACACACUCGAGAAAACAGGCAUCCACUUUCAGAACUUGAAGGUCCUGAAUCUGUAUGAUUGUAGUGGCUUGAACUAUCUUUUCUCUAUAGAGAUGAUGCACUGUCUACGAAGCCUCGAAAAGAUAUUUAUAAGGAAAUGCUGGUCACUUUUGGGGAUCAUAAAGUCUACUGCAAACUCAAGUACCGAUUCACACACAAUUGUUUCCUGCUGUCUUCCAGAAAUACAAGAACUAGUCUUGAUCGACUUGCUACAAUUGGAAAGCAUAUAUGCUGACGGACAGGCACUUGAGUGGCCUGCCUUCCGCCGAUUCUCUGUGUGGAACUGUGACAAGCUCAAGAGUUUGCCAUCGGUCAUAUGUAAAUCUGGGGAAAAUCCUAGAAAAAUAAAGUUUAGAGGAAACUCCAAUUUGGAUGAUACUAGUAAUCUUGAAAUUGAAGAAGCUGAUGUACCUGAAGACAUAGUUUCUUUUGUGAGCACGAAGAAACAAGAAUCGAGUUCACAAUUACUGCCCAACAAUGAUCGAUCAAAUUAUUACAGAAGGAAAGCAACAGAGAGAAAUAGAGUUGCAGCUAUUAUAUCAGAGAAUGAAGAAGUUUUAACCCCUCCUCAGAGCCCUGGCUACAUAGUACGCCGCUUGGAUAAUUUUGCUAAUUUGGCCAGGAUGGCACAGAGACGCAUUGGGGUGCUGUUUAUAAAUUAAUCUGUCGCGACUUAAAAACUUAUGGCAGCAACCAAGAAAUGUGCAGGUUCAGUAACAAUCACAACAGAGGCAUUUUCACUAACUGUGGGCUAAGCAUUGCUGGUCAAGUCUCUAGGGAUCGUUUUACAGGGAUGCUUUUAUCAGCCAAUCGUCUGCAUCAGUCACUGUGUUCUUAUAUAAAUCUCUAGUUGAUUGUGUAUUACUCUUUCGGUCCUUACUUAUCUUUAUAAUGUUGGAUUUUGUUCAAUAAAUUGUGCUUGAUGAGUAAACAUUUAUUAUCAUUACCAUAUAUGAAUUAGACAAACUUGACUCGUACCCUUUUUA